CUCAGAAGAGGAUAGGAAAAGAAGCUGCAGCAGGAACCUCUGAGUAGCGAGCUGGGAAGGCAGGGAUGAGCAAAGUCCCUGCUACAGAAACUCCGCAGCUGUAGCAGCAGCCCAGGCGUGUCCCGGCCCGCAGCGGUGCUGGGUUACGGUGUAGUGAAAACCGCAGCAGUGGCAGAGAAGCGGCAGGACUGGGCAGUGGCAGCCUGGCUCUCGAGCACCGUGGGGAGAUGGGGAGAGGAUCUCUCAGAGGGGGACAGGGCUCCGGGAUCCUGGGGUUUCCCCUGAGCACCCAGCUGGAUGGUGAGGGUCCUUUCCAGUGAGGCAGGGUGUUAGUAAGGUCCCAGUGCAAAGCCGCUCUCAUGAGCAGAGUUUCAGUCAUGGUAGGAAAAGGCAGCAGGAGACAGCAUCCCACAGUGGGUGCGAAUUCUCCCCACAGUGACGGCAGCCUGUCUCACCUCUGAUGUCGAGAGCGAGAGAGACAGAACCAGUCCAGAUCUCUCGGUAUCUCUGCCCUUCCCAAGAGAAUGCCCCUCAGCUGCCAUAGUGCAGCCAGCUGCCCUCCUCCCUCUUCUCCUUGGGCAUGUCUUUUGUCUGUCUUAAGUAUCGGUGCUUUUGUCUCUUAGCAACAAAUAGGAGAAAGAGAAAGAUCCAAAAGGAAAAAUCCUACCCCCAACAACAAAAGACAGCAGAAAGAAGUGUAAUAACACGCCAAAAGGGUGCAAAAGGAACUGCGAGUGAGCUUGGCCAAGGCAGCCAAGCUCCUGGCAGGGGUUUCAGGCAGGCAGAGGGUUCACGCAGGUGUCUGCAAAGCCACCUGGCAGCAGCUGCCUUUACAUCCUGCUUUAUUUGUGCUCAGCUGGUGCCUUCCAGAGUGAUGUGAGAAAGCAGAGUGGAGUGCCUUGUGUUCCCUAUGACUGGCAAUAAGGCUGUCAUCCCUCCACACAUGGAGAACUGCCUGGAGAACAGAGAGGUGGGAUGCAAAACCUAGCACCCAGCUGUUCCCCAUGUACCAGUUGAGCAAUCGAGGUAACACAUGCCCUGCAAACAUCUCCGCCAUGAACCAUGCAGCAGAACAAAACUGGGCAAACAGUCAGGGCAGGAGCCAGACGUCCCCUUUUCACAGCCUAGACACCCAGAGCAUGGCCACUGCUCUGCAGCUGGUGUCCCCAGGUGGUGUCCCCCACAGUCCAAGGGGCUGGAGGUGCCUGUGGUGCUGUGGCCCAGGAGGGCUCUGAGAAUCCUGCACAGGGAGAUACAGACUCCUCCAGUACUCAGGGGCUCUUAUCACUUACCUGCAGCUGGGCCAAGGGAGGGGACAUGUAGCAGACUCUGGGAUGCAAACAGGACUGGGCACUGCAGGAACAGGAGGAAUUGCCAAAUUCAAGUGUUGGAUGAGGUCCCAUGUGGGCUGGCAGCUACAGGGCAUGGGAGGUCACUGCCCAGAGGAGGGGAGGGGGAAGCUCAAUGGGGUGGUACCCAGACAGACUCCCAGCUCUGCUCUCCAGGCUAUCCAGCCCCUCUGGACUGUGCCUUGCUCACUCAAACAAGCUGGAAGUGCUGGACAAGCUCAGUCCAGCCAUGAGUGGAUGAGAGGAUCAGGAGUGGGGAGCAGACUGAAGACCUUCCAACCUAUCCCAAACCUGCUUUCCUGGAGCCAACCUGCAGGCUGAGCAGCAGUGAAUCCUGUAUCCUGUGCUGUUGAUUGAUUGUUGAUAUGCUGGCAUCCAAGAUGGAGAGAGUAGAAAGUGAGACCCUGAUGGAUGAGGUGAAGGAGAUGAGUGGAAGAGCUGAUGUGACUCUGGACCCGGACACUGCCAACCCCUUCCUCAUUCUGGCCAGUGACCAGCGAGGGGUGGGACGGGGGGAAGAGUGGACCUUGCUGCCCAACAAUCCUGAGCGGUUUGACACAGAGCCAUGUGUGCUGGGCAGCCAGGGCUUUGCUGUGGGGAGACACUGCUGGGAGGUGGAGGUGGCCGAGGCAGGGGACUGGUGGGCUGUGGGAGUGGCCCAGGAGUCUGUCAGGAGGAAGGGCGUCCUCAAUUUUACACCCCAGGAGGGGAUCUGGGCCGUGGGGCAGUGGUUUGGACAGUACCAUGCUUUCAGUGAUCCUGACUGGACCCCCCUGCACCUUACCUGCCUCCCCAGGGCCAUCCAGAUCUGCCUGGACUUCACAGAAAAGCAGGUGACUUUUGCUGAUGCUGAGAGUGAAGCCCUAAUCUUUGCUUUCUGCCUGGCCUCGUGUGCUGGGGAGAGGCUGCGCCCAUGGCUCUGGGUGGGGAUGGACUCAUGGCUCAAGCUGUGCCCCUGACAGGGAGGGAACACGGAGGGGGCAGGGGAGAGACUGGAAAGGUGAAUGCCAUCACCUUGGGUUUUGGUGCUGGGAACUGGGAGGGUCCUGCAUCCUGCUGGCUUCUCCUCACAUGGAUCCCCAGGCCACCAAGGGGAGGACUGGCAGCUCAUGGAGAUGGACACCACAACAGAGCCUUCUUCAUCCCCCCACCCCUCAGCUGGGACUGCAGGCGACAUGGGAAGCACAGAGACUUGGUGCAGGGAGGAGCUUGGUUCCUGGUGGUCCCAUGGCAGGGACCACCAUUGAGUGCCAGGGCACUGCAGAGCUGCUCUGUACUGCUCUGAGGCCAUGGAAAAUAUAGCAGGGUCCAGCUCCUCCCAGGGUCCUGGAGUAGUGCCUCUGGGGAAGUUAAAAAACCCCAAACAUAGCUGGAUAUUCAUGAUAGCACUUAUCUUCCCCACACAUCCAGAGCCUCUCCUUGCCUGACACGCACCAAGCACAUUUCUUGCAGCAGAGCACUGAUAGCAGUGCAGGGGCAGCAGUAGGAGCAGCCCAGGAAGGAAAGCACAAUGCUGAGCUGUGUCUGAAAUCCACAGGAGAGGCAAUUCCCACAGAUCUGUCAUUCUCUGAUCUCACCCCAUCAAAGUCCCACCUCACAGGAUCCUGCUAAAUCUUGUUCUUAGGAGAGGAGAAGGUGGAUGUAGGUGAAGGGGGGAUAUUGCCUGGGUCCAGCCUAGAUUUCAUCUCCUAACACUUUUCUGGUUGGACCUUCUUUAGUGCCACAUCAGUUGUCAUUGUUGUGGUGGCAUCUGGGCACAGGCAACAGUAUUGGCCUCCCUGCUCUACUCCAGGAGCUGCAAAGAGUUGCAGCACUGGGUCAAGCCCAGGUAUCUGCUCCCAGCCUCUUCCACCGUGGUGACACCAAGACUGGGGAAACCCAGAGAUCUCUUCCAGUGAGGCACUUCCCACUCCCCACGCGCAGGAGCCUCUGAGACUGUCCUGGUUUUGCUUGGGGUAGAGUUAAUUUUCUUCCCAGUAGCCAGCACAGUGCUGGGUUUGGGAUUUAGGGUGAGAAUAAUAUUGAUAGCAACAAUCAAACUAUCACUCAUGGGGUGUUUACCCAAGCCAAGGACUUCUCAGUGUCUCAUGCUCUGCCAGUGAGGAGCUGCACAAGAAGCUGGGGGAAGCAUGGCUGGGACAGCUGACCCAAACUGUCAGAAGGAUAUUCCACACAACGUCCUGACCAGGGUGUAAACUGGGGGAGCUGCCUGGGAGGGGCCAAUCACUGCUGGGGACAGGCUGGGCACAGAUCAGUGGGUGGUGAGCAACUAUAUUGGGCAUCACUUUUUCCACUUGGGGUUUGUAUUUUUUUCAGUACAAUUAUUAUUAUCAUUACUUUUAUUACACAUUACUUUGUCUCAAUUAUUAAACUGUUUUUAGCUCAAAUCAAAAGAUUUUUUCCCUCUUUUCUUUGCCUUGGAGGGUGGUAUGUGACUGAGUGGCUGUGUGGUGUUUAGUUGUCAGCUGGGGUUACACCAUGACAGAGGUUCACAGCAGAAGGUGAGUGUGUGGAGAUGGCAGAUUGUUAGCACUGUAUUUUCUGUCCUUUGUCAUCCAAAACAACCCAAAAGAGUUGUGCUGUGCAGUUAGGGACACCUACCUCAAUCAAGAAGAAUAAAUUCCUUUCCGAAAGCCAGCUCAGUU